CUCUAAAUUCUCCCCACCUCCCUCCCGUGCUCCUCCCCUCCCCUCGCUUCUCCUCCUACCUUUCCCUCCCCAACCCUAACCACGAGCGCGCCUCUCCAAUGGCUCUCCCCGGGUGAUAGGGCGCCGCCGCGGCAACUGGAAGGGAGCAGCGUAGCGUGGGGGGCCGGCGGCGGCGAGAGAUGUAUAAACAGGGGUCAGCAGGGGCGGGGCUGGACCGGAAGCGCAUCAGCGACGCGCUCGACAAGCACCUGGAGAAGGCGGUCGCCUCGGCCGCGUCGCCCUCCACGUCGAGGGGCUCGGCGGGCGCCCGAGGCGACCACAACCGCCUCGUCGUGCCGUCCUCCACGUCGUCCAUCCCCAAGGGCCGCUGCUCCGAAGGGGAGUCUGAAUCUGACAGUGAAGCAUCAGAUGUUAGUGGUUCUGACGGAGAAGACACUUCAUGGAUUUCAUGGUAUUGCAACCUAAGAGGAAACGAGUUUUUCUGUGAAGUCGAUGAUGAUUACAUACAAGAUGACUUCAACCUUUGUGGGCUUAGCAGUCAAGUUCCAUACUAUGAUUAUGCUCUUGAUCUCAUUUUAGACAUCGAGUCAUCUCAUGGUGAUAUAUUCACUGAAGAACAAAAUGAGCUAGUGGAAUCAGCUGCAGAGAUGUUAUAUGGGCUGAUUCAUGCACGGUACAUCUUGACCAGUAAAGGAUUGGCUGCUAUGCUGGAGAAGUAUAAGAACUAUGAUUUUGGACGAUGCCCACGGGUUUAUUGCUGUGGCCAACCAUGUCUACCUGUUGGACAAUCAGAUAUUCACCGAUCUAGUACUGUGAAGAUAUACUGCCCUAAAUGCGAAGACAUCUACUAUCCACGGUCUAAAUACCAAGAUAUUGAUGGGGCUUACUUCGGAACAACAUUUCCUCACCUGUUUCUGAUGACAUAUGACCACCUCAAGCCUCAGAAGCCCUCACAGCGCUAUGCUCCUCGUGUAUUCGGCUUCAAGCUCCACAAGCCCUGAUGGAGAGGUGACCUUUGGUGUGGCAUUGAAGGGAAAGAUAGGGGACCUCUUUCUACGAGCUCUGCAGGUUGAUGUAGAGGUCCCUGAGAGACUACCUAAUAGUGCAAUUGCCAGCCAGCAUCCUUGAACCUUGAUCAUGCAGGCACAUCGGCCUUGGCUGGUCUAUUCAACAUUUGAUGAAAUGUAGCUAUAAAAGAAGACUUGAGUCAAUGUUGUAACCUAAUUCCACUCUAUUGUUUAGUAAAUCUGGACCUUUGAUUCCACAGCCAGCAGCUACUGUUUAUGCCUUAAAAAUGUAGCACUGCCCCAAACUCCGGUCCAUCCUGUAACCAGUAAAUGAUGGGCUCCAAAAUCUUUGUGAUA